GGUGCUGCCCCUGAGGCCUUGCCAGGGACCCGGGGCAUUCCAGAUCCCACGGUUUUAGGAAUGUUUUAUGGCAGCUGAGCUGCUCCAGCAUACAACUUAGUGGUGCUAAACGAUCAUCAUCAGUUCUCUGAAAAUCACAGAAAAAUGAAGUGUGUGAAUGUGUCAGAAUGACACAAAACAGCUUGGUUUGUUCAGCUUGGAAAGGAGGAGGCUGAGGGGAGACCUCAGGGUGGUCUUCAGCAUCCUCAUCAGGGGCAGUGGAGAGACAGGUUUGGACAAAACCCGUUCUCUGGAACAGAGUGGUAUUGUUGGGUCAUUUCAGGGCCAGGAGCUGGACUGGAUGAUCCUUGUGGGUCCCUCCUAGCUCAGGAUAUUCCUUGAUAACUCACCAGGGCAUCUCUCAUGCAGUUAAGUCCAAGGAGGGAUUUUCCCUCUCUCAUCCUCAGUAUUCUGUAAAGAAGAGAGCAGAGAACACAAGGGCCACGCUGCUGUUUCUGACCUCCUGGAGUCAAAUUCCACUGGUCUCUGCCUUUCUGGGUUCCCACAUACACUGCCAACACUACAAACCAGCAUUUAGACAGCCUAUGCAUUUGCAUUUUGUCAUUAGACUCAGCAGAGGAGGACAAGGCUUCACCAACCUGCUGCCUCAGAACGUGCCAGGCUGAAGUGAUUACAGACCCUUUACUUUCAUUACCAGCAAGGCUUGAAGGUGCUGGAAGGGAUGAGGGGUAUAAUUUACUCCAUCUGUAAGACUGUUCUUCCAUUGCAGGCACUCAGAGAUUUACACUCUCUGCAGGCCUGCCUGUCUGCCUGUGUGCUCAGUUUAUUUAGGGAAGGCUGGCGGGGAAGCCAAGAGGAGCCGAAACCCCGCUCUCACAUUUCCCUGGGCUGUGAUGGCACUUAUUCCCGGAGAAGGAAGUUUGGGAGUGACUCAGAGGCACUCAGACAGCAGAGUGAGUGCUCAGCUCCCCAUCACUGCUGCUCUCACUGCUCCACCACGGGCUGGAACUCGCUCAGCGCGUGGCUCAUCCCCGGAAGGAUGGAAUCAUCUCUCCCGGGACUGUGCUGGAACUCAAAUCCCUCCCGUGCUCAGCACACAGUAAAUAAGGACUGGGAGGCUGCCAGGAUUCCUGCACCGAGGUUAAUGAAUAAACAACCGCCUGCAGGACUCACUCGCCUCCUAUUUUUAACAUCUGUAUCUUUGAUUGCAUCUUCGAGAGACCUCUCCAUAAAUAACCAUUCCAAGAGAUAAAAGCAUUGGAUGCUUCCUUUGACAGAGCAGAGAUUAUCAGCAUUUAGACAGAAAAUCUGCUGGUGGGCAAGCAGGCUCUUGCUUUUUAUAGAAAAUGUUGCCUUUAUUGUGGCAAACAGAAUGCUGAAAGAGAAGAAAAUGCAAAUAUAGCAAGGGACAUUCUGGAAAUGGGAGCUCAGUCAUGCCUUGUUUUCCCCAUUUCUUGCUGGUGGGAGAUGCUCUCACACAUUUCCAGGAAAACAAUGAAGGAAGCUCAGGAAAGUGGGCAACGUUGGAAAUUAGGAGACCUGCCAGCAUGCCAAGGUCUCUGCUGAAAAUGGGAUUUAAUUGCUUGGUUAUGGAUGCAAUUUUGGGAAUAUUAGCUGAAGUGAAUAAAAUAAACAGUUUUACAAACACAACCCCCUGGAUUUCCGAGAGUGCCUUGGGUGGUUUGGAAUGUCCAUCAUGACAGACAAGAAGGAGAAAUCCUUCUGCAAUUUGUGGGAAUCCCUGCCAUCCAAGAGGGCUCCGAGCACCUUGGAGUCAUUUGUCACUUGUGAAAAUCUAGGUCAUUUAUUCCCCUCCUCCUGCUCUGCUUUUUUUCAUGCUAAAUAUAGAAUGUAUUUUCUGGCUUCAGACUGAAUAAAGUUGUUAAUUACACUCUUUCCUAAAAACCUGCAAUUGAAAUUCACUUGGGGAGUCUCUGAAAGCUGGGGAAGGCUAUUCUUCUUUAUAAUAUUCUUUUGACAUAUCUUAGAGGAAAAAGGAAGAAAGCCCAUUUGCUUUUAAUUUCUCAGUUUUGAGGAUAAUAUUUAACAGAAGUAAAUCCCUUUAAGGGCUCAGCUAUGCUCUUUGAAGCUAGAGGGGAAAAUCCCAUUGAGUUUCAGUGCAGGAGAACCAGCCAGAUGCUUUGGAAAAUUAUGUUAAACAAUCUGCAGUGUGUUAAGUGAUGCAAGAAAAUUAAUUUGUGCCAUCAUGAACUGCCAAUAGGUGAAAAAGAUGGGAAUCCUGAGUAGAAUAGGUAGGGUAUAAAAAUAACCAGGUUCUUUCAGGGUGUACUUCAUCAAUCAUCUCCUGGUAAAGGAUCUGGAGCAAUUCCAUCCUCAGUUUCUGGUGCUGUAAAAGCCCAAAGGUGUUGGUGUAACACACCUGCCUGCCAGGAACGUCAGGAGGUGUAACAGAUGGAUUGACAUGCUGAGCAGAUGAAAAGGGCUGCCUGAGUGGGAUCAAAUUUGUUAUUAAUAAUGGAGCUAUUAAAAGAAAGGGGUGUCUAAUAACAGAGUUAAUUCCUUGUUCCAGUGCUUUUGUCCUCAGAGCCCGGCAGGGCAAACACUGCCUCCCUGAGCCACAAAGCUUCUCUGGUUCAACUCUGAGCAGACCUGGCUCUGCCCAAGUGUUAAAGAACUUCUUUGAACAUACAAAUCCUGUUCCCAGCUUCCUCAAGCCUUGGAGGAUCUCAUCUCCAGUGUCCCUGAUGGUGGCCAGAGGCGCUGGGUAUUUGUUGCUCUAUGCCCAAGGGAACAGCAGCUUCCAGGCUGGGGGUUGUUGAGGGAAGAACUCAUUUAUUUUCAUCAGGGCCUCCAAACUCAGGGAUACAACCUGCCCCAGCCAUCCUCUGCUGAUGGAGAGGGACAGACACCUCUACAAAGCAGUGCAGCCUUGGACACCUGUCUGGGAGGGAGGAGAUGAACACGAGGGGAACCAACACUGGCUUUAUCAGACACCUCUUUUCUGAGUGUCUGCAGGUGAGUGGGAUGAUCCCAGGCCUUGGUCACUUGGUCCCUCAGGAUGCAGAGGACUGAGAACUACAAAAGACAGACAUGUCUUUAAGCUCCAAGGUGCCAGCAGUGCAGAGAGAGAGACAGCAGCCUCAGUGGGCUCACUCCUGCAGCCUCAGUGGGGUCACUCCUGCAGCCUCAGUGGGGUCACUCCUGAGGCCUCAGUGGGGUCACUCCUGCAGCCUCAGUGGGGUCACUCCUGCAGCCUCAGUGGGGUCACUCCUGAGGCCUCAGUGGGGUCACUCCUGCAGCCUCAGUGGGCUCACUCCUGCAGCCUCAGUGGGGUCACUCCUGCAGCCUCAGUGGGGUCACUCCUGCAGCCUCAGUGGGGUCACUCCUGCAGCCUCAGUGGGGUCACUCCUGAGGCCUCAGUGGGCUCACUCCUGCAGCCUCAGUGGGGUCACUCCUGAGGCCUCAGUGGGGUCACUCCUGCGGCCUCAGUGGGGUCACUCCUGCAGCCUCAGUGGGGUCACUCCUGCAGCCUCAGUGGGGUCACUCCUGCGGCCUCAGUGGGGUCACUCCUGCGGCCUCAGUGGGGUCACUCCUGCAGCCUCAGUGGGGUCACUCCUGAGGCCUCAGUGGGGUCAAUCCUGCAGUACCCCUCUGCAAAGGGCUCAGAUGGACUCAGGGGCUCAGCUCAGAUCUGGGGGGGAAGUUAGACCAGAAGUUUGGGCAAGGACACAGCCAGCUCACAGAGCACAGCCCCAUUAAAUCAGGCUGCAAAGGGUUCUGCAGCAUAUGGGGGGCUUCAAGAGGCACCUGGUUCUUGUCCAAACCAUCUCCCCAUGCAAAGGAAAGGCCUGAAGCUCACAGGUAGCCAAGGCACUGGUGCUGUGCCUGUGCUGGUGAGGUGGGACACGAGUCUCAGGACUGGUGGCAGCAGCAGUAACGUCAGCUCCUCCAGGUAACGCUGCAUUACUUUUUAACUCUGGCAGCCCUAAGCUCUAAGCUGACUUUCCAUCCAUCCUGCAGCCCAUUCCCCUGCCUUCCACAUGCCCCGUACAGACGAGGCCCAGCAUUAAUGAGCCAUUGCAUACAGAUGAGCUGGCAGCCAGUCUGCGCUGCCACAGCCACACAUAAAAGCCAAGGAGGGCCUUGGGCUCUCUCCCUUUGAUGCAGGAGCUGCUGGACCCAAGUUCUGUGGAAGUUCCCUGGUCUGGGGACACAGGCAGCUCCUCUCCCAUCUCCCUUCUGCAGGCACCUGCACUGGGUAAGACACAAGGAGAAAUGUAAGAGUGCAGCUCUGGGAAUUCACCUCUCUGGCAGAAGUCCUGUGGGCCCACCCCAGCACUGAGCCCUGUCAGCAGUGGGGAUGUUCAGCUACCUCCGGGAACGCUUCACCAGCCACCUCCGGGAGCGCAGCCGGCGCCGGGCCAGGCUCGUCUCCAAGGAUGGGAGAUGCAACAUCGAAUUUGGCAACGUGGAACAAUCCAGGUUUGUCUUCCUGAUUGACAUAUGGACAACCAUCCUGGACCUCAGGUGGAGGUACAAGAUGACCAUCUUCAUCUCAGCUUUCCUGGGAAGCUGGUUCCUGUUUGGGCUGCUCUGGUACGUCGUGGCCUACAUCCACAAAGACCUGCCUGAGUUCAACCCCUCCAUCAACCACACCCCCUGCGUGGAGAACAUCAACGGCCUCACCUCAGCCUUCCUCUUCUCCCUGGAAACCCAGGUGACCAUUGGGUAUGGCUUCAGGUGUGUCACAGAGCAGUGUGCCACUGCCAUCUUCCUGCUCAUCUUCCAGUCCAUCCUGGGUGUCAUCAUUAACUCCUUCAUGUGUGGGGCCAUCCUGGCCAAGAUCUCCAGGUCCAAGAACCGGGCCAAGACCAUCACAUUCAGCAAGAACGCUGUCAUCAGCAAGCGUGGAGGGAAGCUGUGCCUCCUGAUCCGCGUGGCCAACCUCCGCAAGAGCCUGCUGAUCGGGAGCCACAUCUAUGGGAAGCUGUUGAAGACCACCAUCACCCCCGAGGGGGAGACCAUCAUCCUCGACCAGGUCAACAUUGAAUUCGUAGUGGAUGCUGGUAAUGAGAAUCUCUUCUUCAUCUCACCCCUCACCAUUUAUCACAUCAUAGACAAGAACAGCCCCUUCUUCCACAUGGCAGCAGAAACCCUCCUGCAGCAGGACUUUGAGCUGGUGGUGUUUUUGGAUGGCACUGUGGAGGCCACCAGUGCCACCUGCCAGGUGAGGACGUCCUACAUCCCCGAGGAGGUGCUCUGGGGGUACCGCUUCGCUCCCAUCGUGUCCAAGACCAAAGAAGGGAAAUACAGAGUGGACUUCCAGAACUUCAGCAAGACAGUGGCCGUGGAGACUCCCCACUGUGCCUUCUGUCUCUACAAUGAGAAGGAAGCCAAAGCCAAAGAGAAGAAAGGUUAUGACAAUCCUGGCUUUGUCUUGUCUGAAGUCAAUGAAACCAGUGACACAAAAAUGUAGUACCAGGUAUUCAUGAGACUGAGUUUUCAGAGAGAAUUCAGUCUUGAGAGGAUUAAUAAAUAACUCAGUAAAACACAACAGAAACACAGGUUUGGGUUUGCUCUAACCCAACAUUUGUUUUCUCAAAAGCCUCCAAUCAAAGAGGAGCAGCAUACCAGUGAUCACUAUUUAACUACACUAUAUAUAUUUCAUAGAAUUUAUAUUUUUAUAUUUAUAGGACAUUUAAUGAAGCUGCUAUGUUGGAAUGUCCAACUCACCGAAGUUUUCAGGGCCAUGCAAAGGUGUUAAAAAGCCUGAAAAGAUGGAAAGAAAUUUUAGGAUGUUAAAGAUACACAGCUGCUGGAAGGACAACAUGAAAAGGCGAGACAGAAGGCAAAGCUAAAGAAACCCAAGGGACUUAGGAGCCAAGACCUCAAACAAAUUUCUGGUUGCCAAAGUCCUCUAUGAAAACAGACUCUGGCUCUGGAACUUGAGCACCUUUGAAUGCUCUGAAACAAUUCCUUCCCUCUUUCUUUGGGGCUAGUACAGUUGCAGGACAGAGCAGUAGGGGAUGGGACUAGAUUAGGAAAUAGAGAAGACAGAGCUUGGGCCAAGCUGCUGCAUCUCCAACUCCAAAAUGUGACUUCUCCUCUCUGAAAGCCUUUGAUUCCUUUCAGGAAAAAAAAGCCCAAUGGAAAUGAAAACUGAAAAACCAAGGAGAAGCAGAAACUCACUCUGGGACAAAAGAAAUUUUGCAGUUUAUUCCCAACUGUCCCAGCCUUCAGCUGCUCCUCACUGCUCCAAGAGCUGUCUGGAUGGGGAAUAGGGAAACAUCUGAAGACAACUCUCCAGAAAGCUGGGGAGAUGCAGAACACUUGAUUCCUUCACACCUGGCAGAAAGCACUCCACUGGGAGAAGAGAGGAAAUUCCCAGCUCUGGAUGUAUCCUUCAAAAAAAUCACCAAUGCAAACAGAGAUUAUCUUCCCCUUUAAAGCACAAAGGUGUUGUUCGAACAAAAACACAGUCCAGGAGCCUUCUAUCAACAUUUGGCUUCAGAUUUGGUUCCAAACUGUUCAUCUCCCCACAGCCAAACAUGCAUCCCUACAGGAAAAAAGUCCUGCUUGGUGAGAGCUGAGUAGUGCUGAACAUUUUCUGUGGCUGAAUUUUUACAUAAAUGCAACAAGAAAAUUCAAUUCUUUUUAGUGAAUUUCUACUUCCUCACAGUCAGGUUUCUGGUUUUUUUUUCCCCCCCCAAUUCAUUCUGUUACUGAGAGUUCUAUUGGCAGGCCAAAGAGUUUUUGGGAACUCUUCCCAGGGAUGUAACUCAGCUCAUCAAUUUUCAAUGCUGUGGUAAAAUGGAAAUAGUGUUAAAAGCUGCUGAACUAAGUGGUUUUAAAAGAAGGGGAGAAUUCAGCAAUUCAGAUGACGACAAGAGAAAGUUGUGCUGCAAAUGAACACAAUGUGAGUAUGGAAGUCAAACUCUGGGAACCAAGACUGCUCAGGUCCCGGUCCCAGUGUACUGGGAGCUCCUUUCUUGGGUCAGAACAAAUCACUUUACUCUGUAUCUCCAAUUUGCCAUCUGUAACAUGGGACAUAAACACUGACAUUGUACAGAGAGCAAAGUUAUGAACAAUUAUGUCACUAAAGCACUUUAAAAGACAAUUCUCAGCUGUGUCAAUCUUUCCUCAGUGCACCCUUCUCCACCUCUAGAUGGAAGGGUCAGCCAGCACACAAAGUUCUGCUCACAUAACACAUCAGAAGUGGCUGCACCAGAGCCAGACCUGUGACUAGAGAAUGAGGAGUGAGACCUUUGAGGUAACUCACAGAUACUGCCUGAUAUUUUAAUUGUGCUGGAUUGCAACUUUGCAAACAAUAUAAAAAAUACAAUCCAAAUCACCACAGCACCUUAGCUCCCCUCAUAUAAUCAGCUUGGAAGGACAGUUUUGAUCCUCCAAAACAAACAUCAAAGAAUCAGUGGCCAUGUACAGAAACCCAUCUUUCCAGAGCUGCUGCUGCAUUUCCUUCCAAGGCUUUCUGUACAGUUCCCUGCAUGUAAUGUCCCCAAAAAGUGAACCUGUCAGUGCUCAAGGCUUACAAGCUACAUCUUUUACCCUGGGAGAAGAGAUGCAUGUUUAAUAGAAGCAGAAAAAGUGUCCCCACUGGACAAAAAUAGCAAGUCCAAGGGAAAUCCAUUUGAAAGAUCAAGCCCAGCUGUGCAAUGGGGAGUCAGGGAAGAUUCCUACUUUAAUUACUGGUUUGGGAUGUUAGUGCUAGUGGGAAAAAUAAAUCAAAUGCUCUGCAGUGCCUAAGAGGUGGUGCACACCCUCCAAAGCUUAGAGGGUCCCUAAACAAUGCACUUCCAGGUACUGCCCUGGAAAGCCUCCUCAAAAUCCUAAACCUCAAUGUUCUUCCCGACCCAGCAAUGGAACCUUUUGCCCUGUCUCUGCAGCAUGAGCAUGAGGAUGUGUUGUUCCAUUUCUAAAAGUAUGAAGUGCUACCACAGCUCAAAGAGAAGAUAUGUGAUCCCCCUGCAGGGGUGGCUGCCUGAUGUUCCCUCUCCUGACAGUCACACCUGCCUCAGAACCUGCAAUGCAAGGAAGCUGCACCAGGGGAGGGGUGAUGGGUUCUUUUGCAUAUUUUGGUGUUACUGGAAGGGAUCCGGGACCAGAGGAAAUUCGAGGAGAUGGAUCCAAAGCUGACAGGGCCAUGGCUGAGCUAUCAGGCUCCCUUAGAGCAGGAUCAUACUGGGAAUCCCGGAGUGAGCCUCCCGCUGGUUGUCACCCCAGGAAGCCCUGGCAGUCCCGCAGCAGAGGGAGAUAGAGCCGAGGCAGAGCCCAGCAGCAGCACAACAACGAGUGGAAUUUCCUCUGGCUGUCCAGGGAGAGCUGCUUGUCACCCGGCAGAUAAAGGCCCGGCCGGGAAGGAGGUUAUCGGGGACAGGCCACUCGGGACACACUCCAGAGGAAAGCUAUUUUGGGGGCUGUCACCCCUGCUGCCAUUAAAAGAAAGUUCAGUUAAGAGGAUGAAAAUAAAUUUAAUCUUACUGAGCAGAAGUGGCUGGAGGGAACCACAGUGCCGAUACUGGAAGACAAAGGCCGGGCUCUUUACCCUGCCAGGGCCUUGCUUCUCCAGCUCUGCUCAAGCCUUGUGGGGUGCCUGUCCCCCCUUUAGGCCUUGCCACAGCCUGGGACACACCGUGGAGCCCACAGCCUGGCCCAUUCCCUGCAAAGGUCUGAGGAGAAAGUCCUGCCCCUUCAGGAGAGUAAAUCAGAACAUUCCUACUGGAUUAAGGCCUAAAGGAUUUCGCUGGGAAAGCCAAGCAGCCAGGCUUGGGAAUAAUGUGUCUGCACUAAACAUAAUUUAUCUUCUCGUUUCACAAACAACAUGUUUCUUCUACUGUAUUUAUUUUAAACAUUCGUUCAAGCUGUGCAUAAUAUUUCAAUCAUUUUGAAAUAGAUUUACCCUCCUGCUGGCAAAUGAAUAAGACAUCCUGCUGACUGCUGGAGAAAGGGCCAUGAAUUAAAAUAACUGCGUUUGGUAAACUGA